AUGCGCGCCUCGGGGCGCGCUUCGGGGCGUCCCCCCUCCCCCCUUGCCCCCUCCUAUGUUUCUGUUGCUGCUGUUGACUUCCUUGGUGCUGAGGAGGUCGGCGCUACUUCUGCUCCUAGUGGGAAGCGCCGCAGCGGCAAGGGAAAGAGAGGCAGGAGUGGUGGAGGUGGCAGCGGGGGGGGCGGUGGUGAAGGCGACGGGUGUGGAGGAGGUGGCGGAGGUGGCGGUGGGAGUGGUGGCGGGAGUGGAGGCGUCGGUGGCGGCGGUAGCGGUAGUAGUGGGAGUGGAGGCGGCGGAGGCGGCGGCAGUGGGAGCAAUGGUGGUGGAGGCGGCAGCGGCGGUAGUGGCGGCAGUGGGAGCGGUGGCAGCGGCAGUGGUGGCGGUCGGGGUGGAGCCUUUCAGAGGGGAGGCUCUGGUGGUGGCCAGAGGCAGCAGCAGCAGUAG